GUGAAUGAGACAGCAGAGGUUGUGUAUUGCUGCUGAUGAGAGAGAAAGAGAGACAUAUUACUGAAACAUCAUUCUUCGACUAAAAAAAAAAACAAGACCUCAGGAGCUAAUCUUAAAUCUCGGAUUUCAGAUUAACGGAUAAAUCGUCGUCGAAGGAUUUGUGGGAUUAUCGGGGGUCUCGAGCUGAUUUUAUCCUCGCUAACAGGCUAAUAACAAGCGCAGGUGGAUGACUCGUAAAACUCGACCUGGAUGUUGGCCUGUUUAAGGAUAAACUGAAGAAUAAAUCACCUACCACCAAAUCAAAUUAAGGGAUUAAAUCAACUCUGACGGUGGGCAGAGACACAUCAAGGCUCUUAUUUUAUUCAAACGGGAAAUUAAAAUAAGAGGGGGUCGUUUGGGCUAGCUAGUCGGCCGUUGGGUUUACCUCAGUUGUGGAGGAUGCUGACGCUAAACGCGCUAGAUCAAUCUAUUAAUUAAUGGUUUUAUUUUUAUUUUUUCAGCCUGACAACACAAUCACAGCGUGUUGUAUUAACAUAAAAAAUCGCUUAGAUGUUAAGCUUUACUCUUAGAUUGCGAGACAACAUGGUUUUUCUGAGAAAAAUGGUUGAAUAUACUGCCCCAUAAAAUGAUUAAUUGUUUACAGACUUUAAUACUUAGUUGUUAUUCCAGGGAAGUGUCAAACCAUUAAUGUAACCUUAUAAAUGAUUGUCUUAUGAGAGCCAGGUUCAGUUUUUUAACAUUGGGAAGUUGAAAGCUAACAAAAAUUUGAAUGUUCAGUGUGAAAUUUGCAAUGAUAUAGCUCUCUAUUUUAUGUAGUUUCCUGUAUUCUCUUAUACAUGUACAUUUUCUAAGAUUGUAUUUUUCAUUAUGAAUUUCUGAGGUUUUUUUUACUAAAUACUGCUGUAAUCCUCUUAUUAUGUGUUGAUUGGGAUGUGGAUCAACACACUUUGAGAAGACUUAUGUUAAAUGGAUUAGAUGUGAAUUUGUAUGCAGAACAGGGAAACAGGGCCAACUUUUUUUUUUUUUUUUUUUUCAUGGAGAGGUUUGCAUAUUGUAAAAUAUAUCUCUGCCUACAUGGAGCUGUGUUGCGCAGUGAAACAUUAUCCUUGUGUCCGCGAAAGUAAACAGUAGUUGAUCAUUUACAGGGAGGUGGACGCUUACGCAUGGGUCUCGACAAGGAUAUUUCUUUUGGUGCGUAUGCUGGAAGAGGCCAUCAAUUACUUUUGAAUUCCGAACAUUACCUUGUGGGAUCAUAACAAAGGAUUGGAAUUUCCGGAAUAUUUCCAUUAUUCCGAGGAGAGAACUCUUCUUUUCAAUGGAGCAAGUUCUCUCCAGCCCUCAGGGGUGUUCUGAGUGGGAGGUGAGUGGGAAAGCAGAGUGGGAAUCCGAACAGAAUCCCCUUGGAUUUCUCCUUAUGGAUAAAGAUAACAGUUCGGUUGGUGAUUCUACCAAUGAAAUUUUUCAGGAGAACGCGAUAAACCUUGAUGACCUAUUUUGGGCUUCUCAGUAUUCUGGGCAGACGUAUUCCUGGGAAAAUAAUCUGGAAUGUGUCUAUCCCGAAUGGAAGACUCCGCCUCCUCAUUCCCCAGAUCUCAAAGGAGAGGGUUCUCCUGGAAGUUUGGAAAUCGUGGAUGGAGAUCUCAUCAGUUUUAAUUCUAGAUCGACUAGUCCUACGUUCUCAAACUUACCCGUGCAGAAUCAACACGACUUUUACAAUCCUCCUGAACAGAUGCCUGAAUUCCUGCAACCGGUGAAGGUUACUGCCACUUUAAACCCUCUAGAUGUGUACACAGGUGAGUUGGUUAUUAACAACCCCACUAUUCAGACUGACAAAACAUUAUUACAAGAAACUAACCUCAAUCUUGAGGACACGCAUUUAACAAACUGUGAGUUCAACCAUAAUUCCCAAGAGGGAAGAACGUUUGAAGGCAGUCAGAGCUUCCUUUCUCACGGGACUGACUUCACUCUGUUAUCUGAAGGUUUGUUGCCUGUUUCUCCCGUGGAGGUGUCAUGUGUGGAUACAAACUCAAAUCCCAAGCCUUCAAUUAUUUGUCAGGCACCUCCUCCUACAUCUAAAGACAUCUACCUCCCAUCCUCAGCCAUUUCCCCUGAGCCCAUCCCUUCAGAUCCACCUGGCUCACCAUAUGCACCCCUUCAAAUGGACGAGGAACAGAUGUUGUUACCUGAGCUGAUGACUGGACAUCUGUACUCUGAACAGGAGAGUAGUAAACCCUCAGCUAGCAAUGAGACUUAUGACGAUGAUCUUCAGAGCCAAGAGACAACAAAACUAUCCUCUGAAGCAAAGACUGCCCCAUUAGGUGAGUCUUGCAUAUCACCUAAAGUUUGUGAAGAAUCGUCGCAUGAUAUAUCCGCAGAAUGCACAUUUGGUGCACAAUUGGAAACGGUUGGUGAAGAAGCAAGAAAGGAGGCUGUGCCCAGCGCUUUGACUGAUAACGUUGUUUCUGAAGCUAAAACAGAACUCGCACCAAUUGCUUUUAUAGAUUUACAAGCAGAUGAUCCUUCAACUGAUAGCCUGCUUGACAAAGACAGACAAGAGUCCACAUUAGCCUUACCGGUCCACACACCUGAGCAUAAUGCCUUACUUGAGCUCUCACCAGAAGAUGACAUCUUACCUGAGGAUCACAGCCAGCCCACACACUCAACUGAGGCUGAAGCCUUAUCUGAGGUGCUCCAUGAUGGAUAUGGAGACCUUAUUCCUGUUGCCAUGUUUGAGAUCUUAACGGACAGCGUCUCUUGUGAAGCUGUACCAUCUUUAGACGUUGUAAUACCAUCUGUGACAGAUGCCUUUGAGCUAACAGAUCAGGAAAAAUGUGAUCUUGAACCUGAUGCACUCAGACUUGAAAUUCAGGAUAAUAUAGCAAGUGUAGAAACAGGCAACCCAGAUGAUGACCAUGAGGCAGUGGACACACUCAAAGUUUUGGAGACCUCAGAUUUGCAUCAAAACCCAGAGGCAACCAAUCUGAAAAACAAGUCGGACAACUUGCAAAAUGAUUAUUUAAAUCUAGAUAGCAGUAAAUCCGACAACAAUCAAGAACCGAGUGGAACAAUAGAGGAACAAAUCAAUGCUCAACAUAAAGAGACUGCACUUGUUGACCAACUGAAUGACUCUAUGACUGCAAAAUCAAGUGCAAUUGUAAUAGAUACACCCGAAGAAAAUGUGACGGCUCACCGUGACAGUCAUAACACACCACUGAAAGUCAAAGAGAAACUUCAAAGUAUGUCUUUACAGGGAGGGGAGGGAUUGGAUUGCAGAAUUUCUACUCGGAGUGAAGUCAUUCCUCAUUGUGCCAGUAAUCCCGAGUCCACUCCCUUUACCUGUGAAGUUGAUCAGCUGACUCUGAUGGAUGGACUUUCGGGGCCGGAUCUUACAGACAACACAGAAACUCGCAGCCAAUCAUGUGAAGCUACAGGAGAGGGAGAGGUGGGGUUUGCUGCUCGGUUUACACAUCAGGAGGAUUUCCAUCAGCUGACACCAUCACCAAUAGACCUGGCACUGGAGCAACAAGUGAGCUCAGUCUCCCCCAGUUCUCCUCCCUUGCAUAGAAAUGUCUUUCCCUGCGGAUCCAGCCUAGAUGGGGAGGCCUACCUGACCUUGAUGGAAAAUACUCCUGAUACUUCCAACAUUUCCAAACAUGCAGAAAUGACUCUGGAUUUGUGCAAGGCCUCAGACUCGCUACCAACCAAGUCGCUUCAUGACCAGAGGGUCCCCGUGGAUUUGAUUAACGUUUCCACUGCACCCCAUAGAAGCGAGGAGCAGUCGGCUCUCCGAGCAGUUUUCCAAGCUUUGGAUCAGGACGGAGAUGGAUUUGUCCAUAUUGAGGAGUUUAUCGAGUUCGCAAAAGCGUACGGAGCCGAACAGGUGAAGGAUUUGACCCGGUUCUUGGAUCCCAGCGGUCUGGGUGUGAUCAGUUUUGAGGAUUUCCACAGAGGCAUCAGUGCUAUCAGCAAUGAAGGUUCCGAUCCAGACCUGUACAAGACUCAUCUCAGCGCAGUGGAAGCUAGUGGACCUCCAGAGGAUUAUGACGAGCAGGCGGAGGUCUCGGACAGUGCGUAUCUCGGCUCUGAGAGCGCCUACAGUGAGUGUGAAACCUUCACGGACGAGGACACGACGGCUCUGGUCCAUCCAGAACUGCAUGAGGAUGUGGAAACUGACAGCGGCAUUGAAAACACACUCACAGAUGGAGACGACCGCAACAGGUUCACACUGGGCUCUGACUUGAAUGGUCACACCGUGGUGGCUGUGAUUGGAGGAGAGGAGGAGCACUUUGAGGAUUUCGGUGAGAGCAACAACGCCUCAGACCUGCUGCUGGCCAAUCAGGAAGAGGGAAGGGUGGGGCCAGAUGGGGAGGGAGAUGAAGAGCCCCUCCCACACUCAGAAAGCCCACUGCCCCACCCACUAAUGCUCCUGUCACCCAGCCCCAGCUCUUUUCCUGCUAGUUUCCAGAGUUUCCUUCAGUCGGAGUCGCUGGAGUUUUUCUGCACUCACUGUCAUAAGCAGAUCAGUCGUCUGGAGGAUCUGUCCACGCGACUGCAGUUGCUUGAGAUGAAUAGUUCCAGUAAAAGGAUGUCCAGUAAGAAAGCAGCAAGACACUUGCAGCAGUCCAGCAAUCUGGAUGUCAUGGGAGAUCUGACUCCAGACAUUUUGGACCUUGCGGAUCGUGACAUCACAGACAAGGUGCUGCUGUUGGAGAAGCGUGUGUGUGAGCUGGAGAAGGACUCGUCGGAGAGUGAAGAGCAGCAUGCACGCUUGCGGCAGGAGAAUCUCACUCUCGUCCACCGUGCGAACGCUCUGGAGGAACAGCUGAAGGAGCAGGAGAUGCGUGCAGAGGAGACUUUACUCACGUACACCCGUAAACACAGAGAUGCACUGAACAAACUCCAGCGAGACCGAGACGUGGAGAUCGAGAACCUCCAGGCCAGGUUGCAUCAGUUGGAUGAAGAGAACAGUGAGCUGAGGUCAUGUGUUCCCUGUCUGAGAGCCAACAUCGAGAGACUGGAGGAGGAAAAGAGGAAACUUCAGGAUGAGGUGGAAGACGUCACAGAUCGAUUGAAUGAAGAAAUCGAAUCUCGCAGGAAAAUGUCAGACAAAAUGAGCCAUGAACGUCAUACGAACCAGAAAGAGAAGGAGUGCACUCAGGGGUUGAUCGAGGACUUGAGAAAGCAGCUGGAACUCCUGCAGCUGUUUAAGUUGGAGACUGAAGCGAGAAGAGGCAGAUCAGCCAGCUCCGGCCUACAGGAAUACAACACUCACAUGAAAGAGAACGAACUGGAGCAGGAGAUACGCAGACUCAAACAGGAUAACCGCAGUCUGAAGGAGCAGAACGACGAGCUGAACGGACAGAUCAUUAAUCUGAGCAUCCAGGGAGCAAAGAGCCUUUUUACCGAGUCUCUCUCCGAGUCGCUCGCCGCCGAGAUCAACAACGUCUCCCGCUCUGAGCUGAUGGAGGCCAUCCACAAGCAGGAGGAGAUCAACUUCCGUCUGCAGGACUACAUCGACCGCAUCAUCGUCGCCAUCAUGGAGUCCAAUCCUUCCAUCCUGGAGGUCAAAUAAUCGCCAUGACGACAACCUUUCCUGAUUUAUGAACUGACACAGGCGUACUGAAUGAGUCUGGAGCGGAAGUGGAGAAUACAAUCACUAUGUUGAUCAAAUGAUUUAAUAAUCCAUAACACUGUGUGUGUGUGAGUGUGUGAGAUUGGCCCUGUCUUCUGGUUCCUGUGACUUCCCAGAGUUUUGGGAAUGAGGCGCCCGUUCCCUCUCUCUGUAUAUGUAUGUUUAUGAUUCAUAAAAUGAAUUUCAGUGUAAGAAACCAGAGCACUCACACCGUUAGCCUAUGUGAGGGACAUUUGCUGACCUGAGGGUUGAGUGUGUGCGAACAAUUUAACUCGUGAACGAGUUUUUGCUGAAUGUUAGUUAACUAAUGUUUUUUUUCCCCUUCAAAUUCUUAUUUAUUACGAUUAUGAUGCGGAACGCAAAGGAUCAAGCGAGACCGAUCCCCACCAAGGGAGUUUGCAGUGUUGCAUUGUGGGUAUGGUAAUUGGUCCUGCGCGAUUUCUCGCUGAGGAUAUUCGUUUGCCGCCUCCUUUCCUGGAUUAUUUCCAAAAAAACUUUGAUUUUUUGUUGAAAAGACUCUUUCAAAACACACUGGAAAUGUUCAUUGCACUCUGAUUUAUUUUAUUAUUAAGAGAAGUAUUGUUUGCUAUUUAAGAAAACCCUUGUGACGCUGUUUUAUCAGUGUUGGCGGGAAAAAAAGAAGCGAACACUGAAGCACUUGAGGGAAAUCGAGCCGUUGACGGAUACGAAAACCUUUAACGCGGGAAAAACGUUUGCUUCAUUUCUGCAUCUUAAAACACUAUAUCUGAUGAUUUUGGAUGUAAAUAUCAAUCUAGAACGUUUGUAUCUUUCGUUCUUGGAAUCCUAUUUUUAUGGCAAGCAGGAAAUGAGAUUCCGUUUCAUUUUGUCUUCCACUUGAUUGCUUCUUUUCGUCUGUUCCGGCGCUUUCCUCUCUGGGACGAGCAUGUUUGAUUUCCACUUCAAACCUUUUCGGAGACUUAAUCGCCCUCCUUUCCUCUUUUUGGAUUGUGGAAAAGCACGCUGCAGUUUAUUCUGUUUUUCUUCUAUCUCCGACGACUGACAUAUUUCGCUUUUGUUUGCGGAAACUCGUCCGAUGAGUUCUUCACACACGACGACGCUGGAGAACAUUUGAGGACGAUUCUGCCUCUCCUGCUGUUUUCGAAGCUCGAGCUACUGUAUCUGGACAUUAAAGCGCGGGAACCUCGCUUCUGUGAACUUUGGGUGCGUGUGCUUUUGCUGUUUCGGCAGAGCUGAUGUUAAACAGCUGUUGUAUAUGAUUUAAGAUAUGUCCAAAGACAACAUUUCACACCUUAGGAGUUCUGCUUGCCACUUAGACUUUAAAAGACUAAUAAUAAUUAUAAAUAGUUGUUAAUACAAAAGAAAAAUAUGACUGGAGGACUCUUAUAAUGAAGGAUACAAUUGUAAAAAUGUUUACUGUAAUUGUUGAGGUUACUGUAUAAAUGAGAGAUAUCAGUAUUGUCUUCUUUUGAAUGUUUUGCUUUCUUUUGAAGAUGCCCCUCUAAGAUGUAUCUUUUACUGUACGGGGUCUUUCAAAUUAUUGUAUAUGAAGGUUAAAAGAAAAGUGAGAAAAUUAGUCACCAAUAAAUUAAGUGCAAAUCA